AUGGCACAGCGCAGCCCUGGGCAGGAACACACAUCCCCCGCCAAUGGAAGCGCACACAAGCGAGCUUCCACGAUUCGGGUGCCUGCCCAGUCCUCGCACGCCGAGCAUGAAGACGGUCGCGCAGCAGGCGGAUUCGACAUAGAGGACAAGAAUCAGCAUGGCGAUAGAGGUUUUGCUGCGCGUGGUGAUGGCAGGGAUGUCGAAGACGGCACAGAGGUCGAGAUAGACGACCAGGAUGUAAUGCGGGAGAAGAGGGAGAUGGUCAUGAUGCCACCGGCGAUGCAGCAGCUCGCGGCGUAG